AUGGAGGCAGUGUCAUUGGCAGCAUCCAUAUUGGCUGUCGUUGAUCUCUGGCGCGUAUUGAAGCAAUCGAUAACCAAGUUUUAUCCUAAAUCGGCAGAUUUAAAGUCUAUUUCUUAUAGAACUAACCGUUCAAUCCUUCUUGUGCAGUUAUGGCUUUCGGAGGCUGGCCUCGAUGAGCGUAUCAAAGGCCAGACCUGGGAUGAGUACCGGCUUUUCAUUCAUGACGAGAUCCAGGAGCUCCACAGAUUUCUUGAGUCAUCGAAGCUAAAGAUGCCAAUUCGGCUUAUGAGUGCGGGGCUUCCUCCUGAAAGAAUAAUGAUUCAGCUGGCAGAGAGAAUCGAGAAACUGGCGUAUUUUUCACGAGAUGUCGCUCAAAUUUUAGCGUCAAAGGGAAUACAGCAGCAUCUUGAUACCAUUCUUGAAAUGCUGGGUAAAUCGACGAGAGAAAGCGCGGAGACUUGGGAAACAGCCCAGUCAAUCAAAAAACACACGGAAGCGGGCGCAAGCUUUGACAAUGAGUUCGCCGCAGCACUGACGAAGAUGGAGGAGGAACAUCCCGAAUGGUCAUCGAAUGAAAGACAGAGAAAGAUUGACGAGGUUCGGGCUAUCAUUCGCCUGAAUAUGAGAAACCAUGACCAGUUCGACCGAGAUCGCAUGACGUUUCCGUUUUGCAUCGUGGUUCAGAAUUCUGACCCUCUUGAGACGCGCGUCAAGUUGGAUACAGGUAGUAGGCCCAACUGGAUCAGUGCCCAGCUCCUUUCCAGAGCUGCUAUAUCAUUUCAACCAGAAGACGAUCUUGGUCAGUUCAUCGGCGCCGGCAAAGACGCCCUUCCCUUCGAGCCACUUGGAGUUACCUCAGUCACGUGGUUUUCUGAAAACCAGGCGCGAACGAGGACCACAGAAUUUCUGGUUCACAACGGAGAACUGCCGGUAAACGUCUUGCUCGGCAGCGAGUGGGUUAUCGAGGACAUAGCCCAAGAGCGGUUUCCAGAGCCCGUUCUCCCGGUGGUCAGGCACAUCUUGAAUUCUGAUGAGCUCAAUAAACUGGAGACGGAUGCCAGGGAAGACGGCGCAAGCAACGAUCUACUUAUUAGGUUGCAAAACCAGCAGAAGAAGGCGAAGCGAGAGGAGAAUCGACUCUUGAAGGCAGCCUCUAGGGCAAUGACGCCGAGAUCGGCCGUAUCUCUCUUUGGUUCUGUUACACCUACUAGAGCUACACGUCGUGGUAGCUUGGCUUCGGUUGCACCACCGUUCGUUAUCAGCCCCCAAACUCUGACUCUGACGCCCGAGACCACUGUUUCGACAGGAGUCGGGUAUCCUGAGGUCGGAGAAUCGUCCACUGCUGCAUCCUCUCAGACUUCGGGGUUAGAGCUGAGGGAAGAAGUCGAUGUCGAAGCAAAGUUUACAUGA